UUUCGAAUUACAGACUUAGAUAAACUGUCAAUAAUUGAAACGUAACCUCAAAAUUCAAAAAGGUUCUAAAUAAAAUGAAUAAUCGUGUAAAUAUUUUACCUCUAAUUUAUAAAUGUAAUCAAAGAUUAUUCAGUGGAAGUAGAAGAAAAUAUCCCAUCUAUAUAGAAGAGGAACAGAAAUUACCAGUGUUUGAACAUAGAGUAAGCAAAGAAAAUUAUAGAAGAAUAUUUUCGUGGGGAAAUAUUUACACAGGUGCCUUAGGAAAAACUUUUAAGUCAAAUGAAAAAUUAGAUCAGCAGUUUUGUCUUAGAUAUCCCAAAAGAAUAAAAUUUGGAGAAACGCAAGAAGUAACUGCCGCUGCUUGUGGUUUUGGAUUUACAGUAUUUGCUGUAAGAAGCACAAGUAAUGAAAAAAUUUGGGGCACGGGUAUAAAUACAGAUUCUCAAAUUGGUUACCAUGAGGUACGAACUGGUCAUCCUUUAGAAAUUCUUUUUUAUCCAAAACCAAUUGCAUUACCACUGAAAUAUCCUGAACAAUCGAAAAUUAUAAAACUGUCUGCAGGUAGAGCACAUCUGUUAGUACUCACAGAUGAAGGAUUGUUUACUUUAGGUAAUAAUGCGUAUGGACAAUGUGGAAGAAAAAUAAUCCCAGAUGAAAAUUAUCUCAGGAGUAAUUAUAUAAACCAUAUUGAAAAAAUUGAUGAAAAAAAGAUUAUAGAUGUAGAGUGUGGACAAGAUCACAGUUUAGCAUUGGUGGAAGAUGGGUGUGUGUACUCCUGUGGAUGGGGUGCCGACGGACAGACAGGUCUAAGUACUUUUGACAACUGUAGUGAGUUUACAAGAGUGAAAGGUGAUAUUCAGAUGGAAAAAAUAUGUAAACUAUCAUGUAGAUCGGACUUUGUUAUGGCUCUAAAUGAUAAGGGUCAGGUGUUUGGUUGGGGUAAUACAGAGUAUAACCAACUCCCUUCUUAUCAUCAACAAGUCUCUAAUCCUACACACAUAGAAAUGUUGGAUAAACUUGGUAAGAUUAAAAGUAUAGCCAGUGCUGGAUCAUUUUGUCUAGUUGCAACAGAUUCAGGACAAGUGUAUUCUUGGGGAUAUGGACUUUUAGGGUGUGGCCCUAAUGCUCAGCAAUCUAAUGAACCUCUACACAUUCCUGAAGUUUUGUUUGGAAAAAAUGACUUUCACCCCGAAAAUGAAGUUGUAGAGGUAACUUGUGGACUGUAUUAUUCGGCUGCAGUGACAAAUUCGGGUAAUUUGUACGUGUGGGGUAGAAAUAAAUAUGGAUGUUUGGGAUUAGGACAUGAGAAAGAUCAAUAUUUUCCUAUUAAGGUAGCAAUUGGAGGAUAUGUUGAGAAGAUAUCCUGUGGAGUUGAUCAUUCUAUCGCCAUUUGUAAACCAUUUAUUUAGUGUACCUAUAGUGACACAAUAUCUUCACAAUAAUUUCUAAUACCACAUAAUAAUACUUUUUGAUAGUUCAAAACUAUAAUUUGAGGUAGUAUGUAUCCAUUUACAUAUAAGAUGAUUUGUUUUCAUUUACCUGAUCAUAGUGAGAAUAAUUAUAAUCGUAAGAUAUGUAUCAAAUUAUUUUUAUAAGUUUAAGAUUAUUUGAAGAACAAAAUAUUUUUGUUGUAACUUUAAACCAGAUUAGAUGAAUCAAAUUUUGUUAUGAGAGAAUCUAAUAGUAUGAUUUUAUGAUGUUUGAAAUGUCACAAGGCUGAGGAUCUCAUAAUCACUUGAUUUGUUAUGGAUCACUAGAAGCAGUUCUAAACUAAGAUUUUUUUUAGUAUUAUGUAAUUACUUUUUGGUACCCCUAGGAAUCAACAAGUUUUUUGAUAUUAAACAAAACAUACUUAUAUUAAAAAUAUUUAAAUAAAGUAACUUUUUAAAGUUUACAUUGGAAAUAAUUGUGCUUGUCACUUUACGAAUUCAUGCUAGAUGCAAUUAUUAUUUUAUGAACAAUUAAUAUAUUGGCAAUUUACAUUAAUUUGGUAAGAACAGAUAUUCAUUAGUAUGUUUGAAAUUUGUAUACUUAAAGCUGGAAUAGAUAUCAUAAAAUAACUGAACCCUUUGAAACCAAGUAACAAAACCAUCUAAUUUUAGUAGAUGUAUUUAAUGAUUUACUAAAAAAAUUACUCACAGGUUGAAAAACAGGGCCUCAAUUUUUUUGGUUUUACUUAUAACAAAUACAUAUUUUCAACAUUGUAAAUAUUUUUUUUUAAUUUUGAAAAAUUAUUGUAUAAAUAGCCCUAAUUUAUUGACUUAAGAGCAAGGUCUUAAUAAAUAUUUCAUUUACAGUGCCGGAAUUAAGUUAUUUGUGUCCCUAGGCCAAAUUAACUGAAGCAACUUCGGUUCCGGUCGCUCCUUAGGUGUUUAAUUGAAAUGCAUUUUAUUUCAAUCUCACAUUAAAACAAGUGAGUGAUUAACUUCACGAUUAUGGAGUAAAAGGGUGCUGGAUUUCCCGAUGGACCACCACGUGUCAAAGCAUUUAUAAAACCAUCUGUAAUUUUACUUCUUCUACACACACAGUAUUCAUCUAAAACAUAUCUGAAAAUAAGAUUGAAAGGGUUUAAAAAAACUGUAGAAACAUUUUUUGUGAAAUUACAAUAGUAAUGAUCUAAGGACUAAAAAAUAAUUACAAAAUUAAUGCUCCAAUUUAAA